UGGCAACUCGAGAUGACGCUCUAUAACAUUUCUGCGCAUGACUUAACGUUUUAAAAAUCAUUGGUCCAAUAGAAUAACCAGACGAUAUUUAUUCUAGAAGUUUCGAAGACGAAGGAAGAAUCAUUCAAAGUUUAGCAAAUAUGGAUAAUCGUCCGUAUAUAUUCUUCGUUAUUUUGUUCAUGAAUUUCAAUUGGAGUUUAAGUGAAAGCCUAAUUACUCUAUCAACAGAUACGACGUCUUUCACUUUUUAUGAAAUGAGAAAGUUUAUAACACUUUUAAAUGAUGUUAGAAGUAACGUUGUUCCUAAGGCUGCUAACAUGAAUUUUGUGCAAUGGGAUGAGAUAUUAGCAAAUAAAGCUGGAAAAGAUGUUGCUUCCUGUCAUUCGCAACCUUCAGACCACAAGAUUGUUUACAGAGGAAAUCAUUCAGGUCUGGAUUCCGUCAUAGAAGCUUGGAGUAAUGAAUUCAUUACAUAUAAUAUUCAAGGCAAUAGAUGUGUCGAACGAAACUUAUGCGAUGCUUAUCUAAAGAUAAUUCAAGCUGAAGUAAAUAAGAUUGGAUGCGGAAUAAAUAAAUGUUGGAAUGACAAUGAAUAUUUGAUCUUGUGUUAUAUGGAUCUAGUAUUAUCCAAUACAACAAGAACAAAACCUUAUUUAGUAGGUAAACCAUGUUCUGCUUGUAAAACCCAUCUUUGCACACACAAUCUCUGCGUGAAUAAAGAUUUGUGUAUGAAAUACAACUUGAGUUGCAAGUGCAACUUAUAUUGUCAUAAUUGUGGAGUACUGGAUACUUCGAAUUGCAAAUGUCAAUGUAAAAAUGGAUGGGAUUCGUUUGACUGUUCUAAAGUUUGUCAAGAUGAAAAUAGGAAUUGUACAUAUGAAUCUUGCGAAAUUUUUGACUCGGAAGAAAAACAUCCUUGCAGAAAAACCUGUGGUUUCUGUAGAAACUUCGAGGAGCAUUCAAAUAAUUCCAGUUGCGAUGAAAGAAGGGAAGAAUUUGUAAUUAAACAAAAACAUGAAGAACCACAAUUCACGAAGAAUAAUAAUGAAACACCAACAGCUGUUAAUCCUGGUUCAUUUAUAAAUGGACAGUUCCAGAACGAAUCGGCAUUGAGAGUCGACUUUGCAGCAACUACAAAAACACCAAAAAAUACAGAAACACCUAUUGAAUUUGAAUAUGCAGAACCUGAAAACGCAACUUCUAAUGCCAUGACCAGCACUAGAAUGACAGGUAACAAGACCGGUGAUUCCAUGACUACGGAAUUGGUUUUUGAAGACUAUGAGUUUCCAGAUUCUGGUGCAGGAAAAGGUUACAUUAUUUGGCCUACUUUGAUAUUUUUUGUGGUGGUAGCAUCAGCAGCCUUUGCAACGUCGACAAAGCUAUAAAAUCAAUUCUUUUUUCUUCUUUUAGUUUUUAGUUAUCUAAACUUAAAAUUUUUUCUUUGGGAGUUAAAAUAUUUUUCGUCAUUUAGCAUGCUGUUUAAAGUGUGUUUUAAUAUUUAUUGGAAGAUUAAAAUAUUUUAUGCGUAUGAUAUUAAUUUAAGUUUUUUUUCUUUUUAUAACUUAUCAAAGUAAUUAUAUAAUCAACUUUCAAAUUUAUCAAAUAA